AUAGCUUUUUCACCUUCCACCAAUAAAUAGUUUGACGGAAAGAGUGAGAAACAGCAUAGGGAAUAGGGAUUUGGGGAGAGAAGACGACGGCGAUGUGCACGUUAGAAAAGCGCGGUAACAUUUUCUUUCUAACUCUAAUCCGCGACGAUGAGCACCGGUUGAACCCCAAGCUCAUCGGCGAGAUUCGAUCAGCUCUAAGCCAAGUUCAUGCCGAGGCCACGCGCGGUUCGGUCCUGGUUACCACUGGCCAGGGCAAGUUCUUCUCCAAUGGCUUCGAUCUCGCUUGGGCCGAAUCCGCCGGGUCCACCGGCUUCCUCCACCGGCUUCACCACAUGAGCGGCGGCUUAAAGGCAAUCAUAGUUGACCUGCUCUCCCUCCCUAUGCCCACCAUAGCUGCCGUAUCGGGCCACGCCGCUGCUGCCGGGUUCCUGUUCGCGCUUAGCCAUGACUACGUCUUGAUGAGGAAGGACAGGGGGUUCCUCUACAUGAGCGAGCUGGACAUCGGGCUUACCCUUCCCGAUUACUUCAUGGCGUUGUUGAGAGAAAAGAUCCAAUCGCCGAUGGCUCGGCGCGACGUGGUUCUGCAGGCCGCGAAGGUAAAGGCGGAGGAGGCGGUCAAAAUGGGGAUCAUAGACUCGGCACACGAUAGCGCGGCGGAGACUCUGGAGGCGGCCCUGCGCAUGGGUGAGAAGUUGGCCUUGGCCGCUAGGAAGUGGGAUGGAGGGAUUUAUGCCGAGAUACGGAAAUCGUCGUUCCCGGAACUUUGUAGAGCGCUCGGGCUACAGAGCAAGACCAUCGUCACACCACGGCUUUGAAGAAUAAAUAAAAGAAGGGACUAAAUACAAAAUGAAAUUCUCGGUGGUAGUUUCCGGCGGUGCUUUGGCGUCGGCGGGGAUAUAAUAUUAUUCUAUGUUCUCCACGCUUUGUUUUUUCAAAUCCAAUCUCAUUAACGUAUUCACCAUACAAUUCCCCCCUUUCAUAAAUCAAGUUUAGCCUGUGUUGAAUUGAGCUUUUUUUUUUCAUAAAUCAAGUUUGAAUAGUGAUCUGUUACGCUUGAACGGACAGAACAGUCGUAGGCAUGCAUUAAUUGUGGUAUGAUGGGCAUUUGUCGAAAUUAAAAAAGUGGGAGUAUUGCCAAAAAAAGGGAGAGAAUUGAUGCUUUGUAGUUAGAAUCAUGUAUGUAAUUACUCGGUCCUUAAAUUAGUGUUGUUAUAUUCAUGAGAUUUAUAUGAAUUUCCCUCUGCAGUCAUGUAUUAUCUAGAUCUUUCCA